UCAAAGUCUGUUCUCUCGGUGUCCGGUGUUCUCCGCUUUACUCCGAUGACCUCCGAUUAAAGGGAGAGAUUUAGCGAUGUUUAUUACAUAGAAUAACACGUUGCAUGAGAAAAAUAAAUGGGAAACUGUGUUAUAUUUAUGAGUUUAACAGUAUAUGAAAUAGCGGACGAGAAAACAAUGUUUUAAAGGUGUAAUAACAUUUAUAUCCUAAUCAGUCUAAUCUCUAUCGUCUCCUAUGAAAUCUGUUGUAAUAAUUUUGUAAGCUAUAUUUGCGUUCUCCCGUCGUCUAAAACGUGUUGCAGCUGUCGGAGCUUCGCGAAUUUAUUGUUAAAAUAAAGUGCGUCAGACUUUUCACGAACAUGGCUCUAAAACACGUAGUGGUAGGCGGUGGUACUGGCUUCAUAGGAUCGCAGUUAAUAAAAUCAUUGAGCCUCGAGGGUAUCUCCUGUACGUGUAUCUCUCGAAUGCCAGGACCGAAUAGAAUAUCAUGGAAUGAUUUAGAGCGCUACGGCCUACCAGAGGACACAUCGGCCGUCAUCAAUGUCGCUGGACAGAACGUGCUGGAUCCUACCCAGAGAUGGUCACCUGGGUUCAAGCAGAACGUUAGGAACAGCAGGGUGAAGACAACGAAGGCUCUAGCGGACUCGAUACAGAAUACCAAAGCCAAAGUUUUUGUGUCUAUAUCGGGAGUCGCCUACUACAAACCCAACGACACCGUAUACACGGAAGAGAGCGAAUGCGAAUCAUACGAUUUUCUAUCAAGGCUCUGUCACGAUUGGGAGGAAGCGGCAAAAUUACCGGAAGACAGCAACAUUAGACAAGUGACGAUAAGAUCUGGUGUUGUAUUAGGAAGAACCGGCGGCAUGAUCAAGCAAAUCUAUUUACCGUUCUUUUUCGGUCUCGGUGGGCCAAUAGGAAGUGGAAAUCAAUACAUGCCCUGGAUACAUAUCACUGACUUGGUUUGCAUGUUUAUAUUUGCGCUUAAACACAGCAAUGUACACGGUAUAUUGAAUGGAGUAGCGCCUCAGCUUAUAACAAACAACGAGUUUACGAAAGCGUUUGCAGCAGCAAUGAACAGACCCGCGUUUAUACCUCUUCCAAGUUUCGUUUUGCAAAUAUUAUUCAGUGAAGAACGAGCGAAGAUCAUGUUGGAAGGACAAAAAGUUACACCAAAGCGCGUUACGGAGCUAGGCUUUCAAUAUCAAUUUCCAGAUAUCGAGACCGCUUGUAAGCAGCUCGUUCAAUGAACUAGAUGCUUUGUAGAAAGAUUUAUUUAAUUGUUGUCAAAAUCGAUAGAGAUGCAUUAUUAUUAUUAUAACGUUGAUAUAUAGUAACAUAUGUUAUUCUGAUUGUUGAUAACAGAUUUGUUGAUA